AUGGCGCCAGCUCCGGGGUGGAAGCAGCCUCCCCAGUCCGCAGGUGGUGCAGAUUGGGGGGGUCGGGCAGACUCCUGGUCUGUCGCGGCAGCGGGUAACAAGGCGGGCAAAUCUAAGAAGAAGAACUCCGCCUACACAGUGUGCACUUGCGGCCAUUGGACUUAUGACCGUCUUCUUGCACGUCGCCUCUACUGUGUUGGGUGUGGUGAGCCUUUGCAGCCAGGCUCGGGCGCGCGAGGCGCUGCCGCUGGCGGACCCGGAGGAGUCGGCAAUGGUCAAGGAUCUCCUGUGGUCGUCGUCGAGGACGCCAGCGCGGUGGCCAUCAGGAAGGCUGCUGGUCUCCUCCCCCCAGGCGAAGCUGCUGCGCUGCUCAAAGAUACUGGAGUCGAGUCGGUUCCUCCGAAGGCGCCCGAGUUGCCGGCCUUGCCGGAGUCGAAGAUCACGGCUGCGGAGGCUGCCAAGCGCUGGGCCAACAAGGCGCUCGACAAGGCCUUGCACGAGCAGCUCAAGGCGGAGCAGUACCUCCAGGAGGCCCAGCAGAAGGUCGACGAAUGUCUCCGCAAGGAGCAGCAAGCUCAGCGUGACCUGGAGGAGGCCACCAAGCGCCACGCCAAGAAAGUGCUGCCUGCAGGCUUUGAGGAGAAGGCGCCUACCGCCUCGAGCAAGUCGGUGGUCCACAUCGAGGCCUUGCUCGCUGACCCCGAGUCCUUGGAGCUCGAUGCUGGGGAGGCGGUGGACCUCUCUGGCCCAGAGUUCUCGGACCAUGAUCGCGAGCAGUUCGAGAGUUGGGUCACCUCGCACAAGCAGAACUGCGCCAAACUCCUCAAGCAGGCCUUCGAGAGCAUCCUAGAGGAGGCCAGGAAGGCCCAAGCAGAAUAUAAGAAGCAGACUGAGAUGUUAUCUAAGAAGCGUAAGGUCGGAGAUGCAGGCGAGGAGAGUGCGGGCGAGGCGCGCAGAGUGCCGGUGCCAGCCUCUGGUGAUGAGGACCUUGACGAGAUGCAGAAGCGCAAGGCCGCUGCACUUGAGGCUGCCAAGGCUAGGGCGGCCAGUGCCGAGGCCAAGGCUGAGAAAUGGUUGAAGGAAUGUCGUGCGGACACCGCGGUGUUCGUGGAGACGCGCACUCGUGACUCCAAAUUUCGUGACAUGCUCAAGUGUGUGGGCAAACUAGGCUGGUGCUCGGUUGGUGGAGAGGCCGACGCCACGGAAGCUGACGACUCCAGUGCAGGAGUUUUGAUUUUGGCUAAGAAGAACCUUGGACUGUCUUCUCUGUUCUUGGAGGCCUCGGGCCGUUGGCACUCCAGCAAGUGUGCGAGGUGGUGUGUCGCCACGGUCAGGCUCAAGCAUGUGACCCUGACGAUCGUCCCCAUCUACUUGAUCUCAGGUGUGAGGUCUACAUGUGUGACUCGCAACCUUAGCCCCUUUUCCGAGAUUGGCUCCAGGCUCUCGCAGGUUGCGCGGCCGUUUCUGCUGGUGGGCGACUGGCAGAUGGAAAUGCCCGACCUCGCGUCCACGGGCUUCAUCAGCGAGCUCGGGUUGGUCCAGGUGCCCAGCCCAGACGUCUCUGUAACAUGCACUGGGGGGCGAGGAGCCGCGAGUAAGAUCGGCUAUUCCCUCGUGAAUGCGGGCUUCGCCCAGGCUGUCAAGUUCGUCGGCGUGGACCAGAGUGCUCCUUGGGGCACGCACUUGGCGCUGCAGUAUUGGAUUGCAUCGCGUCCUCGAUCCAUUCAUGGCUGGAAGCUGGUUGUUCCCCGUGCCCUGGACGUUGCGGCCAAGCCUGACAGUAUUAUCGACUUGGGCUGGGACGACGCGCGGGAGCAG